AAAACCUUUUCUAUAGUGUUACCAUUCCACGGACCUUUGUCACAUUUUUUCGGAUCUCUUAUUUAAUAGAUAAAUUUUAUAUUUACAACGAACAAUUAAACGUAAGAUACAAAUGAGUAGCGUUGGCGAGGAUUGCAAUGAGCUCAAGAAGCAGUACGAUGCUUGUUUCAACAGCUGGUUCUCGGAACGGUUCUUAAAAGGUCAAACGGAUGACUCAGCGUGCGCGCCCAUUUUCCGAGUUUAUCAGGAUUGCGUUAAACGAGCCAUCCGGGAGAAGAAGAUCGAUUUGCGGGAGAUUGACCCAAUAUUUGAGACGGGUUCCGAGUGCGACAACCCCAGCAGUUCCAGCGAAAAUCAGCAAACCAAGGGCAGGAGUUGACCCCACUUGCUGCUCCACAAGAACCAACCAAGAUAAACUUUAAAAGCCCCCGGUACAAAGUAUCUACGAGGAGUAAAGCCCAACGCGUGCAAAUCCUAAUCCUCGCCAGCAUGCAUCAGCUUAAAGUUAAUCAAACACCAGGUUAAGUAAACAAGUUCGUUUGUUGAUAUCGUAGGGACCAUGUGCAACUGAUUAUCCAAUAACCAAACUGCCAGAAUAUAUUUUAUUUAAAUAAAUCAAUUCCUUCUUAAAAAGUAACUUUCAAA